AUGAAUCACGCCAGCCUCGGUUCCAUCUACGUGCCCUUUGAUCUGCUGAACUCUGUCUACGGUAACCACCACACCGCCUGUUACCGCCCGCCCAAAUCUGGAACCGCACUAGAACUAGUAAUUUCCGGAAUCAACUGUCCCGAGGUGCUUGGUUUGUUCGUACAAUGGCUUUACACUGGAAAAUACACCGAGUUGAAUGGUCCAGUCAAGAACCUUGACCGUUCCACCACGAUUCCGUUCUUGGACAUGUGCGAGUCUCACGGAAAAGACACCAUGGAGUGGACAGUCAAGGCCGCGAUGCUGGCUUGGUCCUUAGGUCAACAGCUGAAUGUACCCGCGUUCCAAAACUACGCUAUGAAACGCCUCUUCGCCGCUUUCUCACGCCCGUCCGAAAGACCAAUACUCACACCAGCCUUGUAUGAAUGCGUCAGUAAAUUGGACCGCAGCAACCCCAUCCAGCGUCUCCUCAUGAGAGUUCAGGACUCAAAAAGGAGAUGGGGGUGCAAGGGACAUCUGGAGCGCGCGAUAGACGUUACUAUCAUUCGUAAUUGGGGUGACGCGGCUGUUGUUGAUCAGGAGGAUUUGGAAUCAUGGGCCUCAGUACUCGGAUCAUGCGACGGAUUCCGGACAAAGUUCCUUGAAGGCUCAUUACUGUCGCUCGAACAGCGUCGUGAAAAGGUCUUGGUGGCGAAAGACUAUUUCGUACCUGUGCGCAAGGGCCCGCGGGAGUCAACCCUGAAAGUAGUGCGAAAAGAGUAA